AUGUCCUUCAAAUGCUGGCUCCGGAACAUCUGGGGUUCCUUCGGCGCGACAUUUCUUCCUGGAAUGGGUUUCAAGCCUCUACAGCCUGACCGCAUACAAGCAGUAUAUAUUCCUAUAUGGUUUGUGGACGCAGAAGUGGAAGCGCAUGCAUGGCUCUCCCAAACAUCCUCCCAGGAAGGCGAAGCCACUCAGCGGAAAGUGAUGGCCUUCUUCGAACAGUCAUUCGUGCCAGGCUUCGCGCAUGAGCCACUGUCACGCAUCUCCCUACUGAAUUCGCCUGAACUGGCGAACACCGCUACAAUCCGCUACACUGACGACUUGCGUACCCAGCGGGGUUCAGAGAUUCUCUGCAUGCCAUACUUCAUUACGCCCUUCUCUCUUCUUAAUCUCGCAAGCUCGCUGUCAUAUAGGCAGGCCACGGUUUCCGGGAAUAUGAGAUUGAAUCCUUCUACCGUGAAGGCAAACCUCCUGGCGGCAUAUCCUGUCCUUAUACCAAUAUAUCUCGCGCAGUAUGAAGUCAUCAGUGACGGGCAGAAGUCUAUCCGUUUCACUGCUAUUCUCGAGGCGUGGAGGAAACAGGGUCGUAUCAUCGCUGAAGAUGUCGACAAAGAUGCCGCUCAGUUACCCAUACGGAACGAUCCCAACGUGUCCCGCUUCCUCAUGUCACUGACUGAGUUGCUGUCGCCGGGCGAGUUCUGGACGUAUCCAAGCAGCCUGGAUGACAUUACCAGUGGAAGCUUCGCCACGGUCCAGUUGUUUACGCCACACUACAACAAGGCCGAACAGGUCACGCUGGAGAACUGGAUCAACGGUGCAGCUGAGCGGGAGGGCGCAAUCGAGGAAUACCAGACAAAGUUCUUCUCGAGUGGUGACCAACCCGCAGUCGACUGGGAGGACCUGCGGAUUCGCGAGUACAAGCCGACUGAAACAUUCGUGAAUCGCCAGUGGAUGAACCUCGGCAAGCAGUUGGUUUUGAUGCGCGGUGUUCUUUCGUCUAUACUCCCCUUCAUGCAGGCAAUAGCGGGCUCGGACGCCUCAAAGAGGGACGAUGGUGCACAAACUGGCACAGAGGACGGCCUGUCGGCUUCAGCACCAGACAAGUCCUCUCCUGAGUCGACCUCUGUACCCAAGGAAUUUGAGUUCGAAAUUCCGCGCAAGUUUCCUAAAGUGACAGAGGUUAACCCGAAGCAACUUGAGAAGAUGAGGGAAGAGAGCAAGCCGGAGUGGUUGCGUGAAUGGGAGCGCAGGACAGCGGGGGAGGAAUCUGAACGAGUAAACAAAGAGACAUGA